GUGAUUCGUAGCUACUCGUGAUCCAGAACAACGUAGCAGCAGAUAGAUCCCUACAAAAAAAAAUGGCUAUUUCAGACUACUUGAAGGGAUUUCGUGAUUCCAUUUGGACACCAAUUGAGGUCGAUCAAUUCUGGCGAGUUUUGCAUCCCUACUUGGCUCAACUACUAAACGACGUAAUGCCUCUACCAGAUUCUGACAUUGAUUUUUCCUCCCUGGACCCGGGAAACGAAAAGCACAAGCAACGCUGUAUUCAAAUCAUUCACCAAUCGCUGUGGAAAGGAAAAUACUCUCUGGCCGUGGCUAAUAUAAAAGCAAUCAAAACUUUCUUUCGAGACAGUGCCGGGAGCGCCAAAAAUAAUCACGUUGGCGUUUCUGAUCUAUUACACGAAUUGAAGAAAGCAUUUGAAAACAGACCCAUGACUCGCAGCGCCGAUGGUAUUGAUGUCUGGACCGACAACCCUUAAAACUCACAAGUUUGUCACGUGAAGAUUUACACUCGCAAGAGUUUCACGCCAGAAGUUAUUUUCUUAAGAACGACAACAGAAAAUUUUUUAGUGCCCAAAGUAAGUGUAAAUAAUACAACGCAAUUUGUCUCAGCCUUCCCUAACUAUUGUAGAAACGAAGAACAUUGCCUUCUAACCAGGUGCAGCCUGACGGCUUGAAGAUUCGAGAAUCAAUAAGUUGUUUUUCAAUCAAGUGAACGGUAUUGUUGUUUCAUAAUAAGAGUGUAAAUUAUUUCGUUUUCAUGAAUUCUUGCUAUUUGAUAUACAGACACGAGUCAUGCAAUGACUCGAGGUAAUAUAUAGUAUUUGAUAUCAAUUAUUUACAAUUCUGAUAUAAAAAAUUGAUAAUCCAAGUUUAUAUGAGGCUCACGAGGAGAAAAGAUCGGUAGUCCAUUAAUCCUUAUCCUCGCCCCAGGCCCUAUGCUAAGCCAUCCCCGAAUGGUGAACAAAUAAUAUUUAAAUGAUCUCGUUAGAUAUUUGAAUUACAAGAUAGAUAGUUAUUAUUAAUAGAUAGUGAAUUGUUUAAUUUAAAGUAUAUAAUAAUUUGUCUGUUAAAUAUUGUACAAAUGAGCAUCCUGAAAUGAGUGAAUAUACACAAGUAAUGAAAUUGCAAUAAAUGAUAUCGUUAUUUCUAAAGAUAACAAAUGAAGUGUAACAAUAACCUGAUAAUGAAUCAGAGCUUUGGCUAUCUGUUGUACAAAUAUGAAACACACAAUUUUAGUCCACUUUGAGAAUUUCUUAAGUAAUGGAUUUUUAUACUAAUUUUAGUUUAUCAGUGUAAAAUAACAAAUGUAAAAUCCGAACUGACGCAACAAUUUGUAAAAGGCUUAUAAGGCGGUUUUUAAAAUUUGAGUAAAAAAUAGAUUUAGACACAGUG